CCUAUUUCUGACAGACGACAACUUUUUUUGCAAGGGCUCCUAAGAUUUUUGCCAAGUACCUUGAAAACAUGUCUGACGCGGAACUUCCCGAUAGCAAGAGAAGGAGGGAAGCCUUCCACGAUGAGAGGACGAUGAGCGUCUCGGCCAUGGUGAUUCCUGGGCGUGAAGGGAGGCACAUUGCCAAGGGGUGCUAUGCCGGUCGGAGCGUUGCAGUUUUUACUAGUGGUGGAGAUGCACAAGGUAUGAAUGCAGCGGUUAGAGCAGUGGUGAGAAUGGGAAUAUAUGUUGGCUGUAGAGUCUACUGCAUUAGAGAGGGUUAUCAAGGUAUGGUAGAUGGUGGAGAUAACAUAGUGGAAGCGUCCUGGGCCAGUGUGUCUGGAAUAUUACAGCAGGGUGGAACCACGAUAGGCAGUGCUCGUUGCAAGGAUUUCCGUGAGAAAGAAGGUCGCCUGAAAGCUGCGUUUAACCUUAUUCAGCGUGAGAUUACCAACAUUGUGUGUAUUGGAGGAGAUGGUAGCCUCACUGGGGCCAACUGCUUCAGAAAUGAGUGGCCUGAACUGUUGCAGGAUCUGGUCUCUCAGGGUAAGAUAACAAAGCAGCAGGCAGACAAGUGCCAACACCUACAUAUAGUGGGUAUGGUAGGCUCUAUUGACAAUGACUUCUGUGGUACUGACAUGACUAUAGGGACGGACUCCGCCCUGCAUAGGAUUAUUGAGGCUGUGGACGCCAUCACUACCACAGCACAAAGUAUGAGAUUGAAAGAUUGA